AUGGCGGCGCUGAGCAGCGGCAGUAGCGCGGAGGGGGCCUCUCUCUUCAACGGGGACAUGGAGCCUGAGCCGCCGCCGCCCGCGCUUGGCGCCUGCUAUGCGGGUGGCAGCGGCGACCCGGCCAUCCCGGAGGAGGUUUGGAAUAUCAAACAGAUGAUUAAGUUAACACAAGAACAUAUAGAGGCACUGCUAGACAAAUUUGGAGGAGAGCAUAACCCACCAUCAAUAUAUUUAGAGGCCUAUGAAGAGUACACCAGCAAACUAGAUGCUCUGCAGCAGAGAGAACAGCAGUUACUGGAAUCCAUGGGGAAUGGAACAGAUUUCUCUGUUUCCAGUUCGGCUUCAACAGACACAGUGGCAUCAUCUUCCUCGUCUAGCCUCUCUGUAGCACCUUCAUCCCUUUCAGUUUAUCAAAACCCUGCUGAUAUGUCACGGAAUAACCCUAAGUCUCCACAGAAGCCUAUUGUUAGAGUCUUCCUGCCCAAUAAGCAAAGGACUGUGGUUCCAGCAAGAUGUGGUGUGACAGUCCGAGAUAGCCUAAAGAAAGCUCUGAUGAUGAGAGGUCUUAUUCCAGAGUGCUGUGCUGUUUACAGAAUACAAGAUGGAGAGAAGAAACCAAUUGGCUGGGACACUGACAUUUCCUGGCUCACAGGAGAGGAGUUGCAUGUGGAAGUCUUGGAGAACGUGCCACUCACAACACACAAUUUUGUACGAAAAACAUUCUUCACGUUAGCAUUCUGUGACUUCUGUCGGAAGCUGCUUUUCCAGGGAUUCCGGUGCCAGACGUGUGGCUACAAAUUCCACCAGCGCUGCAGUACAGAAGUGCCGCUGAUGUGUGUCAACUAUGACCAACUCGAUUUGCUGUUUGUCUCCAAGUUCUUUGAACAUCACCCCAUACCACAGGAGGAGCCCUCCUUAGGAGAGACCACCCCAGCAUCUGGAUCGUACCCCUCAGUGCCCCCCUCAGAUUCUGUUGGACCACCAAUUCUCCCUAGUCCUUCUCCUUCAAAAUCCAUUCCAAUCCCACAGCCCCUCCGACCAGCAGAUGAAGACCAUCGGAAUCAGUUUGGGCAACGCGACCGAUCCUCCUCAGCUCCUAACGUUCACAUCAAUACGAUCGAGCCAGUCAAUAUUGAUGACUUGAUUAGAGACCAGGGUUUACGAGGAGAGGGAGCCCCUUUGAACCAGCUGAUGCGCUGUCUUCGGAAAUACCAAUCCCGGACUCCCAGUCCCCUCCUUCAUUCUGUCCCCAGUGAAAUAGUGUUUGAUUUUGAGCCUGGCCCAGUGUUCAGAGGUUCAGCUGCAGGUUUGUCUGCAACACCUCCUGCCUCUUUGCCUGGAUCACUCACCAAUGUGAAAGCGUUACAGAAAUCACCAGGACCCCAACGGGAAAGGAAAUCAUCCUCAUCCUCAGAAGACAGAAAUAGAAUGAAAACACUUGGUCGACGAGAUUCAAGUGAUGAUUGGGAGAUACCAGAUGGACAGAUCACAGUUGGGCAAAGGAUAGGAUCUGGAUCAUUUGGAACAGUCUACAAAGGAAAGUGGCAUGGUGACGUGGCAGUGAAAAUGUUGAAUGUUACAGCACCCACACCUCAACAGUUACAGGCUUUCAAAAAUGAAGUAGGAGUGCUCAGGAAAACAAGACAUGUGAAUAUCCUGCUUUUUAUGGGUUACUCAACAAAACCCCAGUUGGCUAUUGUUACACAAUGGUGUGAGGGGUCCAGCUUAUAUCACCAUCUACACAUCAUUGAGACCAAAUUUGAAAUGAUCAAAUUAAUUGAUAUUGCACGACAGACUGCACAAGGCAUGGAUUAUUUGCAUGCCAAGUCAAUCAUCCACAGAGACCUCAAGAGUAAUAAUAUUUUUCUUCAUGAAGACCUCACAGUAAAAAUAGGUGAUUUUGGUCUAGCUACUGUGAAAUCACGAUGGAGUGGAUCCCAUCAGUUUGAACAGUUGUCUGGAUCUAUUCUAUGGAUGGCACCAGAAGUUAUUAGGAUGCAAGAUAAAAACCCAUAUAGCUUUCAGUCGGAUGUGUAUGCAUUUGGGAUUGUUCUUUAUGAACUGAUGACUGGACAGUUACCAUACUCAAACAUCAACAACAGGGACCAGAUAAUUUUUAUGGUGGGACGAGGAUACCUAUCUCCAGAUCUCAGCAAAGUACGGAGCAACUGUCCAAAAGCUAUGAAGAGGCUAAUGGCAGAAUGCCUAAAAAAGAAAAGAGACGAGAGACCCCUUUUUCCACAGAUUCUUGCCUCCAUUGAGCUUCUGGCCCGGUCAUUGCCAAAAAUUCACCGCAGUGCAUCUGAGCCCUCAUUAAACCGGGCUGGCUUCCAGACAGAGGAUUUUAGUCUAUAUGCUUGUGCUUCUCCAAAAACGCCCAUCCAAGCAGGGGGAUACGGAGAAUUUGCAGCGUUCAAGUAGCCACAGCACCAUGGCAG